GUGUUGGCGUCGCGUCACGUGCAGCGCACACACCACACCAUUGGCUACAUCACCUCACCGCCGGAGAUCGGAGGUCUCCCCCAGACUGAUUGGCUGACUCAUCAGUCAAAGCGCAGCCAGCUCUGAUCUGCCGUCGCCGUCGCCAUGGGAUCCCACCGCCACUACCUCCGCUUCCUCGACGACCCCUUCUUCCCGUUCCCGCCGCCGCCGCAACCCUCCUCCGCCUCCCUCUCCUCCUGCCCAUUCCUGGACUUCUACAGCACCUCCACCUUCCCCGACCUCGACCUCUUCCUGCCCCCCAGCGACCCCUUCCCCGCCCCGCCCCCCUACCCCUUCCUCCUCCGCGACCUCACCGACCGCGUCGCCACCCUCGAGCUCGCCGUCGCCGCGCGCCGCCCCGAGCCCACCACCAGGAAGUGCACCUACGUCACGGAGGCCGGCGGGCGCAAGGUCAAGUGGACCUCCGUCGAGAGGCCGCGCGCGGGGGACCGCACGCUCAAGUGGGAGGCCGAGGUCAAAUCCCCCAACGACGACGGGUUCGACCGCAAGUGGAAGUGGGAGGCCAAGGGCGCCUCCUCCGCCGCGCCAAGGAAGCUCAAGUGGGGCGCCGCCGUCAAGGGCAAGGGCUCCCUCGAGCCUUGGUCGCAGGCCUACACAUGGGAGGAGGACUUCACCGCCAGCGACACCGACGACGAGGAGGAGGAGAAGAAGGCUGACAACAAGAAGACUAAGGUCGCCGACAAGAAGAAGACGACGAAGAAGAAGCAAGACAAGGCCGUCAACAAGGAGAAGAAAUGCCCCGUCGCCUCCGUCAAGAUCGAGGAGAUCUCCGACGACAACGAUGCCGGAUGCGUUGCCAUCAGAAAGGCUUUUGCUAAGGGCAAUGGCAAGGGAAAGAGGAAGGAGCUGUCCCCGCAGGAUGCUGCAUUGCUUAUCCAGAUGACCUACCGGGCUCACCUUGCUCACCGCUCCCAGGUGCUUCGCUGCCUGCGUGAUCUGGCUGUGGCCAAAGCCAAGCUCAAGGAGAUCAGGUCCCUCUUCUAUAACAUCUCCUACAGGCGCCGCAUCGCAAAUGACCACGAAGAGCGCCAAAGGUUCUCUGAGAAGAUCAUUGUCCUGCUCAUCACCGUGGAUGCUCUUGAGGGACCUGACUACAUGGUGAGGGUUGCGAAGAAAUCUAUGCUAGAGGAGCUUGAAGCAAUGCUGGAGGUUGUGGACCCUCAGCCACCAGGGAAGCAGAGGUCGCUGAGCCGCAGGAAGUUUGAUCUCCCGGAAGGUGGAGCGGUCUCGGAUGAGAAGGCGGCUGGUGUGAACAAGGCCGUCAGGAUCAUCCAGGAGGGCAAGUGAUGCAGAGUAGAGGCAGCCACCAAUCUUGUUAGUGGUUGGAUAUCAUGCCUUAAUCCUGGUGAAAGCUUGUAGAAGCAGCAUAUAUAUCUAUUAAUCUACCAUCAUCUAGGAGAACUUGGGACCUGAGAGAUAGACGUUGAGGAUCUAUCUCUGCACUUUCUUGUACCUCUAAUGUUAUUCAUGUGCUACUGUGAACCUAUAAUAUGCUGCUAGACAAUCAAUUUGAGCUUUAGAA